AUUCGUUCUCAACGACCACAUUUUACUCCUUUCCGAUCAUCUUCCUCUCUUCCCCUUCUUCCUUUUCUUCUGCAUUCAUUGACGGUAAUCUCUGCAUCGUUAGUUGCACGGUAGCCAUGUGUGGAAUACUAGCUGUGUUGGGUUGCUCCGACGAUUCUCAGGCCAAAAGGGUUCGUGUCCUCGAGCUUUCUCGCAGAUUGAAGCAUCGUGGCCCCGAUUGGAGUGGUCUGUACCAGCACGGUGAUUGUUAUCUGGCGCAUCAACGUCUCGCCAUCAUCGAUCCUGCUUCCGGUGAUCAACCCCUUUUUAACGAAGAUGAAACGAUUGUUGUAACGGUUAACGGCGAGAUUUACAACCACGAGGAUCUCCGGAAAAGCUUGACUGGUCACAAGUUCAAAACCGGCAGUGAUUGUGAUGUUAUUGCGCAUUUAUACGAAGAGCAUGGUGAAAACUUCGUGGAUAUGUUGGACGGAAUGUUUUCGUUCGUGUUACUGGAUACUCGCGAUAACACUUAUAUCGCUGCUCGUGAUGCUAUCGGGAUCACUCCGCUCUACAUUGGUUGGGGACUCGAUGGUUCGGUUUGGAUUUCAUCGGAACUGAAAGGUUUGAACGAUGAUUGCGAGCAUUUUCAGGCGUUUCCUCCCGGCCACUUGUACUCGAGCAAAACUGCCGGUUUCAGGCGGUGGUACAACCCUCCAUGGUUCUCGGAGGCUAUUCCGUCGACCCCAUAUGAUCCGCUCGUUCUAAGGGGCGCGUUUGAAAACGCCGUGAUUAAGAGGUUAAUGACCGAUGUUCCCUUUGGGGUUUUGUUGUCGGGUGGGCUAGAUUCGUCGUUAGUCGCGUCUAUUACGGCUCGUCAUUUAUCCGGUACAAAGGCAGCUAAGCAAUGGGGAGCUCAGCUUCAUUCCUUCUGCGUUGGUCUUGAGGGUUCGCCGGAUCUCAAGGCAGCAAGAGAAGUUGCUGAUUAUUUGGGCACUGUUCAUCAUGAGUUCCACUUCACUGUACAGGAUGGUAUCGAUGCAAUAGAAGAUGUGAUUUACCAUAUCGAAACGUACGACGUGACUACGAUCAGGGCAAGCACACCGAUGUUUCUGAUGUCGCGAAAGAUCAAGUCGCUCGGCGUGAAAAUGGUAAUCUCCGGUGAAGGCUCCGAUGAGAUAUUUGGUGGCUACUUAUACUUCCACAAGGCACCGAACAAGGAAGAGUUCCAUCGCGAAACCUGUCGCAAGAUAAAAGCACUUCACCAAUACGAUUGCUUGAGAGCGAACAAGUCGACAUCCGCCUGGGGUUUGGAAACCCGAGUCCCGUUUUUGGAUAAAGAAUUCAUCAACGUGGCGAUGAGCAUCGACCCUGAAGCUAAAAUGAUCAAUAUGGAACAAAAACGGAUCGAAAAAUGGAUUCUUAGACGGGCCUUCGAAGAUGAAGAACAUCCGUAUUUGCCAAAGCAUAUUUUGUAUCGUCAAAAAGAACAGUUCAGUGAUGGAGUCGGGUAUAGCUGGAUCGAUGGACUCAAAGCUCAUGCCAAAUUACAUGUUACCGACAAGAUGAUGCUUAACGCAGAGCAUAUCUUCCCUCACAAUACUCCGGUCACAAAGGAAGCCUACUACUAUCGAAUGAUAUUUGAGCGGUUUUUCCCUCAGAAUCCGGCGAAAUUAACCGUCCCAGGUGGAGCGAGCAUCGCUUGCAGUACCGAGAAAGCAAUCGAGUGGGACGCGUCAUGGUCGAAGAAUCUUGACCCUUCAGGAAGGGCUGCACUCGGGGUUCAUAAUGAUGCAUACAAGCAGAAUGCAGUUCCUGUUGCUAGUGCAAACAUCAUGGAUAAGAUGCCGAGGAUGAUGGAUAUUGCGACUCCCGGGGUGGUGAUUCAGAGCUAGCAGCGUUGAAUAAGUAGCAUAUUUUUACUAGACGAGUGGGUAACGUGUGAUAGCUCGUCGUGUGGUUUUAAGCUGUGUGAAUAACUCAAAUGUAUCGAUGUUCAUAGACUGGUAGCAUUUGAUGUAUGUAAUGUAAUGUUUAUUGUAAAGCUGGAUGCGUUUUCUACUUCACUUGAGUUUGUUUUGC